AUGCUGUCGGCAACCACCACGUCCACGACAGUGGCGUCUCCUGUCUACGGCAGGCUCGAUCUCGGCGAGGUGAACUCGAUGCUCAGCAGCCACCGCGAAUUCUUGACCAGGACCAAAGCCAGAACCGGCUCCAUCGAGGCUACCAAUAGGGAACGGCCAGGCCGGCGGAGCACCUAUUGCUCCGAGAAGACGGGCGUCAACCCGCAGGCUUCUCUUAUUCUUACCGACUCUCCCGUUGCCUUGCACGAUGGAGCCGUCGAGCAGAGUGUCCUGACGAACGGUCGUCCCCAGCCCAGGGUUUGGAAGACCGAUCAGCGGGUGUCGGUGGCGCCCGAAAAGGCCUGGUCGAUUGGCUCGGGAGACUCAGCAAACCGAGAAGACGGCCAGGUCGAGAAGUCCAUCUCGGACGUUCUCGCGGGGGUCGAGCACAAUAACCGCAGUCGAAAGGCCAGCCACAGCCUCCGUUUCUUCAAGGAAGGUCUUCCAGAAGAGAAAGGGAAGCGGAAGGAGAACCGCUAUCCGCACCCUACUCGAGAGAAGUCACCCGCUCGUGGGGAAAAGCUUGCUGACAUCCAGGAGCAAUCCGUGGGUGGUGAAGCGGUGAAAACCCAAUCGGACGAAGACGGCGCGUCAGUUGCCGAGCGACGAGACCGGGCCCGCUCUGUUCCCUACCAGACGCCCGAGGCCAAGGCAGUCCAAGGCUCGCCUGAAGACUACUUCGCCCCGAAAUACGGGCAGCACAUCCAAACCGUCGACGGCGAAUCGCUGGUCUCCCCUCGCAAGGAGGUCAUUCAGAAGCGACAAGAGCUGGAGCCGCUUGAGCCACUUGAGCCGAGUGGUCGGGCGAAGCUACGGCGAGUAUCCGACCUCAGUGUUGAGGGCAGGGAAUCUGCUGAGGAGGGCGAAGAGUCAGGAGAAGAGAAGAUUUCGUCAGCCUUGUUUGUGCCGCACCAGGCUCCCGAGGAGACCCAGGAAGAAGUGCCCAUGUCACGAGUGCCGCAGAGAUCUGUCGUUCCCUCGAGAAGGCAUUCGCGCCAUGAUGAUUUCCAUCCGUGGCUUGUCAAAGCCGACGAGCCUGAACUUGACCAGAGCCGGGAGAGCCUCGACUUGGAGAGCGAGAAGAACGGGCCAGAAGCUGCCGAAUAUCCCCUUGUAGCUCCAGAGGUAGCUUCCGAGCAGGUUGAUGAAUCUGCCCCUGUUGAUCAACGUGAAGUUGCUGCCGCGUCUUCUCGCCUGUCUCGUCCGGUCUCUCAGUAUCAUGAGGAUGCCCUCCACGACCAUCAGAUGACACCAAAGCAGCCGUUGGACGCGAUCGAGCUGAUCCCCUACAAGCACCAAGUGGGCGGACAUACCACGCUGUGGAGGUUCUCCCGUCGGGCUGUUUGCAAGCAGUUAAACAAUCGCGAGAACGAGUUCUACGAAAAGAUCGAGAAGUACCAUCGCGACUUGUUGGCCUUCUUGCCCAGAUAUAUUGGUGUUCUCAACGUCACUUUUCAAAAGCAACCUCGCCGCAAAUCUACCAUGAAGCGAGACGAGGCCGCCGCAUCGGACCGUUCUCAGGCAGGUUUGAACGGGUCGUCGGCGCAUCCGAAGAGCAACGAAACAGCGCAGGGCGACACAACCCAGCCUUCCGAGUCCCAGACCACAGAAGCCCCGCGAGUGGUCAGCCAGUCCAUGCAGUCUUCGUCAGGCCAAGUCCCAACCGUUACGUUUGUUGAUAACCAGCACAUUUUGCCGCGAAGCCUGCUUCAACCGACGGGCAAUAUCCCCGGCUUGCUCGGGCGCUAUAGGAGCGCAUCUGCGUCCGCCCGGGAAAUGGCACUCAACGGGCAGGAUGGGCAGUGCGCGGGCGGCCGAGAGGAGCACUCGCGCCCAAAUCUUCAAGACCGUCAUGCGAACAGCUGGGGUUAUACCACUGUGAACAAGAAACUCCGAAACGAGGUCUUCAACGACGCUUUUCUCAAUAAGCCGAUUGCCAUCCACCGUCAUCGCAAGGGGCAUGAAAGAGUGGCACGCCGGACUCUCCAGCAGACGCUCCGGCCAUCUGGGUCGGAUCCGACGUUGAUAGAAUCACACGAAAGGCGGUCCCAGAGCGCAGGACCUGCUGGCCAGCCGCCUGCCAAGCUGAACGGAGGGUUCCACGCGCACACCCAAAGCGAUAUUGGCGAGGCGUCCAUGUUAUGCGUGGAUGAUGAGGACGCGCCCAAGGACGUGACCGGGACUAGUGCUCCUGAGCCCCAGAUCUUGAGAGAUUCUUCGCCGGCUCAGAAGAAGAAGCGCCGCUAUUCCGGCGCCGGGUUGCGUAGGAAGCCAAAGGACGUCCGCGAUGGCCGCGGCGACUUGCAGUACUUUGAGGAGGCCGACGAUGCAGGCUACAAGGGAGACCGUGAAGAUAGCACGCCGGUGGUGGAGGUGUUCCAGACCUCGCCCGAACGCGAGCCGGCCAGGGAGAACCGGCCAGCCGAAGUUCGAGACGUUACUCCGGCGCCUCCUGUCGGGCCCCUUCCUUUCGGCAAGAUUCCGCGUCCCGUGAACCCCAAGGAGGCGCAAACCCAGCGUGACUCCCGCGUCGAGUACUUUCUCCUGCUGGAGGACCUCACCGCCGGCAUGAAACGCCCCUGCAUCAUGGACCUCAAGAUGGGCACCCGCCAGUACGGCGUGGACGCCAACCCCAAGAAGCAAAAGUCGCAGCAAGGGAAAUGCGCCAAGACGACGUCGCGCGAGCUCGGCGUGCGACUCUGCGGGCUGCAGGUGUGGGACGUCAAGACGCAGAGUUACGUGUUCAAGGACAAGUACUACGGGCGCGAGCUCAAGAAAGGCGCCGAGUUCCAAGCGGCGCUCACGCGGUUCUUGUACGACGGCGUCGACCGCGCCAGCAUCCUGCGGCACGUACCCACGGUGCUGCAGAAGCUGGACCAACUCGAGGUUAUCAUCAAGCGGCUUAGGGGGUACCGCUUCUAUGCGGCGAGCUUGCUCAUGUUUUACGACGGGGAUGCGGGAGAGGACAAGGAGAACAACAAUAACAACAACAAUAGCAGCAGCUACAACAGUUCUAGUAAUAAUGGUAAUCACAAUCAGCAGCAGCACAAUUACAUUGACGACUCGACGACUGACUUUGCGACCGACACGGAGGAUCUGGCUACUACGCCCUCGUCCCGCGCCGCCCGCGCCAGGAGAAGCAGGCGCGAGAUCGAUUUCAAGAUGGCCGACUUUGCCAAUUGUGUUACGGCGGGCGACCUGUCGGCGCGCGACAGGCCGUGCCCGCCGCGGCAUCCCGACGAGCCGGAUAACGGGUUCCUGAGGGGGUUGAGGAGUCUGAGGAAAUAUUUCUUGAGGAUUCAGAGGGAUACGAGGGCCGAGAUGGGGUUGGUGUGUCAUUCUCAUCAUCCGCAGCAGCAGGGGAGGAAUGGGAAUGGGAAUGGGGGUGAGAUGGCGGGGUUUGAUGGAGAUGGGGGGGUUGACAUUGACGAUGAUGAGGUAGAUGAGGGGAGUGUGAGUGAGUGA